AUGUCCAACCACAGCUACAACUCUUGGCUGAAGACCAAGAAAAAGCCCGAGCUUGCCCAGCUCGCCCAACAGUUCGGCCUGCAAGACAUCGCCGGUUCCAAAAAGGAUGACUUGGGUCUUGCCCUCGACACAUACCUCUCGGAAAACUCGUCGCGUUACCUCGCCGAUCCUGAGCUGGCGGGCUACUUUAACAGCCGCUCCAAGGCUCUCGGCUCGCCCGUCAAGAGAGAGUUGAUGCGCGACGAGGCCGACAAACCCCUCAAGGUCUCCCGCCGACGGACGACAAAGCUCUCUGAAGAGAUUACCCCUGAGAGCUUGCGCCUUGCUCUCUGGACCCCCAAAGCUGACCAGGCCUUCUUUGGCAUGUACAGGAGCGACGAUGCUUCUCCCCAAGCUGCAUCUCCUCAAGCAGCUUCUCCUCAAGCUAUAUCAACGGCGCUCGUCGAGACCCCCGGCCGGGCUCUCUCUCAGGUCGCGGCGCGCAUCCCGCUGCCUGCCACACCGGCCGACGUGGCACUCGCGGUAGAUCGCUCGACCAGCGCCGUGCGCCAGCGCGUCUCGUCGAUGUAUGAGGAGAGUGGUAUCACCGAGGUUAGCCAUGCGACGCGCGACACUCUCAGCACUGUCACGAGCGUCCUCUUCUGCGUCGCCGCCUGGGAGCUGUGGAACGUCCGUCGCGAGGUUCUGAGCAAUAUUUACGCCUUCACCAUCCCCGCCAUCCAAUUCCUUGGCACCUCCGACUACCCUGUCUACGUCCCCGACAUGUUCCUGCUCCUCUCGUCCAGCUUCUGGUCCCCGACCUUGACCUGGAUCUUCACCAGCGUCGCCGUCCCCAGCUUCAUGGGCUACUUCUUCAACUUGAGCGCCACCAGCACGCCACCCACCCGCGGCCGCCUUCGCUCCAACACGGCCGAGUAUGUGGUCGACCCCUUGACCUUCAGCAUUGUCAAGGCCCUCAUCUCGUUUGUCGUCUACGGACAGGGCGUUAACUUUGGCGGUCUUCUCAACGAUACGUCGAUUGUGCGCCUCAACAACGCCAUCUAUGGCGGCUACAAGGGAAUCUUGACUGGCACCGCCAUCACUGGUCUUAUGAGCAUCUACGACGCGGUUCUGAGGAAGUAG